AUGGAUGAAAUGUCGUUGAAAGAAGCAGUAUCAUACCAUGCUGCUGGUGACAUCAUUGAAGGGAUAGCACCUUGGAAGUUUGAUGGACCACUCCGAACACCGGCCAACAACAAAAAGAUCAACAACAGGAACAACAACACCGCCUCACGCAACAACAAACACCUGACCCACACAAACUCAGACACCAACAGCAACAACAAGAGCUACAACGGCGCCAACUCUCCCAACAACAACACGUACAACAGCAAAUACACUUGCAACAACAGGAACUCCGACAAAAACAACAAGAACUACAGCAACUACAGCAACUACAGCAACAACAGCAGCAACAACAACAAAUUCCCGCCCUGA